UAUAUAUGCUAAAGAUCACUUUUUGGCAUCUGGGGUUUUCUUCAUUCUCUCUUAUUUCCUUUUUUUCUCCUUACUUUGUUUUGGUAUUGCUUUAAAAGCUUCUUUUUUUCAUCUGGGGUUUGCCCAAAGUUUCAAUCUUUUCUACAUUUAGUUUUGUUUCUGUGUCCUUUUAUGCAAUGUUAAUUCAGGGAUUUUCUUUAUUUUAUUUUUUGGUCAUUUUCUUGGAUCGCUGUGUAUGUGGUGUUUUUGUCCCCAUUUGAGGUUUCUAUAUGCUAAGAGCUUAUAUUGUCGUUUGUUAAAGUUGUCUCAUUCUAUUAAGUUAAAGUCUUCCUCUUUUUCCUCCUUCAUUUCGUAGUGCUUGUUUCCUUGUAGUUUAUACAGAUGAAACUAAUCAGCUGUUAUGAUUCUUAAAUAAAUAUUUGGUAUUCUUACCAUUCAGUUGGAGAAUAGAUUGAGAUUGUUGAAGGCAUAAGUUUCCGUCUUAUACAUAUCACCAGAGGAUGGGGGAUCACUUUGUUUUCCUGGUUGAUCGAUUGCUGACAGAAUCAACUUUAGAGGCUGCAAUUGAGAGCAGGAAUCAGAAUCAGUUAGCAUUAUGGACAAUCAAUGAUGUGACAGCGAAUUGCUCGUCCCAAGAUUCUGCUGCUGUUUUGACUGCAGGGAAAAUGGUAGAAUGUAGGAUAUGCCAAGAUGAGGAUAUGGAUUCAAAUAUGGAGACUCCUUGUUCUUGCUGUGGUAGCUUGAAGUAUGCACAUCGGAGGUGCGUGCAAAGGUGGUGUAAUGAGAAGGGUGAUACCAUUUGUGAGAUCUGCCACCAGCCUUUUAGGCCGGGUUACACAGCACCACCCUCUAUUUUUCGCCUUGGUGGCAUCCCAAUGAAUUUAAGGGGGAAUUGGCGAAUUGUCAGAAGGAACUUGAAUAAUCAACGUGUGAUAGCGGUGGUUUCAACUGAUCACAAUCUCAUUAGUGCCGACUCUGAGGAAGAUGCAGUUUCUACAUCAAGAAGCAUGAUGUGUUGUCGUGUACUUGCCAUAAUAUUUAUGCUGCUGCUUGUCAUACGUCAUGCUCUUCCCGUUGUAGUCAAUCAAGCAGGGGAUUACUCACUUCCAUUGGUUCUGCUUCUACUGCUAAGAGUUUCAGGCAUUGUUCUGCCCGUCUACAUCAUAAUGAAAGCAUUGACCUCUUGCCACCACCGGCAACACCAACAGGCUACUUUGCCCAUCUCCUCACCCCGUGAAGAAGCUAACUUGGUGACUCUGCAGCAGGAGCCUCCUGUAAUUGCUAUCCAAUGAAUGGUUUUCACUGUUGAACCAAAAAGAAAGUUCAUUCUUCGGACAUACAUCUCACAGCACAUGUCGAUCUUCAUUUACUCUACUGUUAUUACUCUCUCUUGCUGCAAUGACUAUUAUGCUGCAGGAGUUGCUGCGUCAAAUUUGUGAAGGAUGAUGAAUAGACAAGAUGUUAUAUAUCGACGAAAUUCAGUGAAGGGAUAUUCGAAAUAGAAGCAUAAAGGUAAAAAAAGGACUCAAAGAGAUAAAAAAAAGAAGGCAUGAUAUCCAUUUUUACAACUAGAGAUAUCUGAAGGUCUGAAUUAGUCAGAGAAAAAUCUUUGUACAGUUAUGUAUAUGAACAAUUGAACACGUUGAAGUAAUACAAAAACUGGCAAAAAGUUGUUACUUUUAGUACUGAUAUGAGGUCGGAGUUGUAUUGUUGGAUAAAGUUUGUCAGCCCAACUUGGAAGAUGGUAAACAUUUGUAUGUUGUACUGGUGUUUACACGAAACCAAUAUAUACAUAACAUACGUCUCCGCAUA